CUCUCUCUGUAUCAUAGAGCAACCUGACUUAUUCUCGAGAAGAUAUGAUAAAGGAUUAGAACUAUCUCCGAGUAACAUUCACUGUUUUGACCUGCAGCAAUGGCGAAAACUCUAUUGGAAUUAUUCCCCAUCCUCCUCGCCUUCCCUUCCACAUCUCUUCGAUUUCUCGAUGGUCCAUUAUGCAGUUUCGCUCUCUGAUCGUUUCUUUCGCCUCGUCUUCCAUGGCUGCUCAAUCCCCACCCUGGGGAACGACGACUAACAGCUUCGUUGGUUUCUCUUCUUUCAUUACAACUUCAAAACUCUGCAUUUUUUCUGAUCAUUUUCUCACCAAAUUCAGUAAAAGAGGCACCCGUUUUGUGAGGUUUUCGUUGGACGAGCCCGUGAAAUCGAGAAGAUGCGACUCACGCACGAGCCCAUCUCUGGCAGUUCUGAAAUCUUCUGAGAACAACUUUAUCUCCAAAAGGGUCGUGACGCCCGGGCAAGUAAGCAGGUCGGCGGAUAGUAGCUUCUUCAUAAUUGGGGAAGAAGACAACGACGAGAACAUGGCAAAAAAUGGCAGGUUACAUUGUAGAUUUCUAUCGUGUUGGUCCAAUUCAUGGGUGGCCAAGAAACCUUUAUGGAAGAGCUUUUUCCUUGCAUCCAAGAAAGUGAGGAGCAUCAUAUUGCUCAAUAUUCUCACAAUAAUUUAUGCAAGCAAUAUUCCAGUGGUGAAGGAGGUCGAGGCUGUCAUGGAUCCAGCGUUAUUUUCAGUUGUACGAUUUGCAGUUUCAGCUUUACCAUUUCUGCCCUUCAUGAUCCGGACUUACAGGGAUGCUGAGACUCGAAAUGCAGGAUUGGAGUUGGGUUUCUGGAUUAGUUUGGGUUACCUAACUCAAGCCGUUGGACUUCUUACAUCUGAUGCUGGACGUGCAUCAUUUAUCUCUUCAUUCACAGUGGUUGUUGUGCCGUUCAUUGAUGGUAUUUUAGGAGCAAGAAUUCCUUUCCUUACAUGGUCUGGUGCUAUUGCUUCACUAGUUGGAAUUGGGAUGAUUGAAUCUAGUGGCUCUCCACCCACUAUUGGGGAUUUCUUGAACUUUCUCAGUGCUGUCACUUUUGGGAUCCACAUGCUUAGAACUGAGCACUAUUCAAGAACAACAAAGAAAGAAAAAAUUUUGGCUCUUCUCGGAUACGAAGUUUCGGUUGUAGCUUUAUCAUCAGCAAUCUGGUGUGUUGUGAAAAAUGGGUUGCUUGACACUCAUCAGAUGAACUCAAUAUCUUGGGCUUCAAUGUGGAACAGUUUUCUUGCAUUUCCCUGGGUGGCAGCAUUAUACACUGGAAUUUUCUCGACUGGUUUAUGCUUGUGGGCAGAGAUGACUGCCAUGCAAGAUGUUUCAGCGACAGAGACUGCUAUCAUAUAUGGCUUGGAACCUCUUUGGGGUGCUGCUUUUGCAUGGUUGAUGCUCCAGGAGAGAUGGGGUGCCACUGGGUGGUUUGGUGCUAUGCUCAUACUAGGUGGAAGUUUGACAGUUCAGUUGUUUGGAUCUUCCCCUGAAAAGCCUAUGAAAAAGGAAGAGAAUAGCAACCACCUUGAGGACUCGAGUAUUAUAGACGGAGGUGCAAAGUUCGCUAGCUCAAAAAUCAUAGUUAACUCAAGAAAAAAUACUACCAAAUUAAAGGAGUAAAUGUUACCUCUUGUUGUAUAGUCGGCUGAGUUCCUGUAGGUAAAGGGAUUUUUUGUGGUACCUAAAAAAAAAUCCAAGUACGGAAAUCUUGUCUUUUCCCGUCGACUACAGUGUAAGGUCUAUGUGCCCACACGUUUUUACUGAACACGAUUAGGGUUUUAUUCAUGCCUUUUUUGUUUUCAAAAAUACAUGGAGAAUCUUCUUGGGUAGAAAGAUGUAUGUGUAUACCUGAAUUCAUGGUAUUAUUCCAUUUGUAUCAUUAUUGUGAAGAACAGCCCUGUGGCUUGAUUUGCUGUCAAAUUGGGAUUGUCUUUUCCUA